AUCAGUCCGAUACCUUCAUUGCUCCUCCAGGGCGAUAGUGUCCCAGUUUAUGGCACGUUGCGCAAAGUUACGUUGUACAUCUGAGCUUAAGUGUCGGAACAGAUGGGCUAUAUUUUGACCAAUAUCUGAUCGAUACUGAUCCUAUUAUCAGAUCAAGACAUGCCCUACCUGUUAGUGGACCAACUUGAUCAGACUGUUAAGACAACAAACCCAGGGAACAAUCAUGGCCAAUGCGUCAGUUAGACAAGUAGUUAGCACAUUGGAUGUGGCACAGAGAUUAAUUUGACAGAUUUUACCAAUUUUUUGCUUGCUUGCUAACAGCAUAAAAACAGUGACCGAUGCCUUUGUAUAUCAAAGACACGUCGACACUGAUGACAGGUCAGUAAUAUCAAAGACACAUUUGCAUGAAGUCCCAUCUUCAGAACUGCUACAACAUGGGUCAUAGGGUCAAUUUAAAAAAUGUAGUACGGCUCCAAGAGGUUGAUGAGUAAUAAUGUACAUAACACCACCAGAAACGGCAGCCAAUUAGGGAACGAUGAAAAAGAUUAACCUCAUGGGUGAACCACAUUUGUUUCUCUGAGUCAAUUCGAACGGUUAAAAAAAAAAGAAAAUCAACAAAGAUGGUUCGGCUGAGAGGUUUUUCUCACGCAGUGCGACAUUUUCAUGAAGAAACUGAAGACGAAUCCAAAGAAGAAACAAAAGAAUUUGAGGGAAAAAUUCAGUGUAGCUCCCAAAUGGAAGAGUUGACGUCCUGUGAUAAAUUCGAGUCCUUUUCAGAAUUGAAGUCUUCAAUUAAAACUGAGACUUUGGAUAACUCCAAGUCUCUAGGUUUAUCUACAUUGUUAGAAAAAUCCAAGUUUCCAGUGAAAUCAGAGACUUCUGGUGAAUCUGGAUGUUUGGACGAAUCUGAGUCUCCAGAUAAAUCUGUGUCUCUGGGAAAGUCUACUCUCUCAAACGAACAUCUCUCUUCCAUUUUCUCCAUGUCCUCAGUUCAGUCUGAAUUGUUAGGGUUAGAGUUACAGAAACCCUGUGAUAAAAGUCGGUCUCCAGAAAAACCCAAGCCUUCGGGCAGAUCAAAUUCUAAGUCUCAGGAUAAAUCCAGUUUUUCAAAUUAUUUUAACAAACCAAAGUCUUCUGAAAAAGGCAAGUCUUCUCAUAAACCCCAACCUCUGGAGAACACCAAGUCGAAGUCUUCUCAUAAAACAAAAUCUUUAGAUAUUUCUGACUUUUCCGAAGUAUUUGAAAACGAAAACAGACAUUUGACCACAUCCACCAAGUUUUCUAUUCUCCAAAGAGACCUACAAGCAGCCAGGAGAGCUAGAGCUGCGUUUGAACACGGCUUGAAGAUGAUACAAGGAGCAAAAGCGCGACAGAAAGAAGCCCAGAAGAAGAUCCAGAGAGAAAAACACACUUUGGCUAAAGCCCUGGAGGAGGAACGGGCGAAAAGGAACACCAUCUGUGUUGAAAGUAAGCUAAUGCGGAAGCAAGCGGCUGCUCUUCAAAAAUCGCAGAAAGAGCAGCAGCACAGUUACGAACGUCUUCGAAAGAAGAUGACAUCCGACCAGGAAGAAUAUGACAAGGUAGUGAAGAACCUCAACGAUGAAAUUCUUUCCAAAAAUAAGGAAAUUGAAUCGCUACACAUCUUAGCUCAAAGUCUCAGGGUUAACCGAGAAGCCAAGGAUGAAGCAGUUGAACAGCAGCACAAAUCUAAAACUGCCGCAUGUCAGCAGAAACUUAACCACCUGUGUCGGGAAAACCAAAAACUGGCUUCUGAGAAUCAGAAGCUGCGUGAAGAUGCUUUUUCCUACCACCUAAAGUACAAAGAAAAGCUGGAGCUCCUGACUCAGAAAAACCUUCAAACGACUGCUGAGAUCGAGAGGCUGCGAGACAAACUGGAGGCCGCCCGGCACGAGAGACGAUGUGUCCGAAAGCAGCACCAAGAGGACAAGGACGUCCGCCGGAGACUGGAGGAGAAGGUCAACGCGGAGAAAGUUCGCUGCCAGAGAACCAGCCAAGAAUUGGAGACGCUGAAAAGAGCCAUCCCAGACGCAGAGAGGGAACGGCAAAGAAACGAUGGACUUGAAGAAGCCUUGCACCAGCAGAGGUUGCAGAAUGCUGCCCUGCAAAAUAAAGUGGACCACACCGAAUGUGCUCUUGAGAAAGAGCGAGCCAACAGUGAGCGGUACAGAGCUGAGCUGCAGGGAAUGAAGGAGGAGCAGCGACAACUGUCAGAGGAGCUGCAGAAAGCUCAGAAGAACUUUGUCUGCUUCCAGGCCCAGUGCCAGGCUGAGUUGGAGUUCCAGGGCAGCCAUGUUAAGGGCUGUGAGCUCAGGCUCAAGGAGCAGAAAGUUGCUUUGAACAAUGUCAUGAAAGCUCUGCUGCACAUGCAGCAGAAAUACACCGAUCUGGGGAGGAGGCACAGUGAAAUCAGUUCUAUGUACCGUCAGCUGCUGAAAGAACACGGCGCUCUGCAAAACAAAUACGAAAGGCUCUGCUACGCCAAAGGAAUGCCACGGCCAGAAUUCAGUGUUUCUCACCUUUACUCAGCCAUAGGUGUGAAAGGUGAGCCGCAGUUGUGGUUCAGUUAG